GAACUGCUGGAACGUACCAAAACACACGCACGUGUCAGGUAGCGGAGUGGCGAUUGUGAGAUCUACGGGCCCGGUUCCUAUUUCAUGAGGGAACGAAACCCACUUUUUUUUUAUUCCUCCAUGUUGACCUACCAAACAAGUUGGCUACAUUAACUUAACAUACAGGUGUUGAUAUUAGCCUCACGAUGGAAGAGCUAUUCAAGGAAGCCAAAAAUCAGUUCAUGUUGGGGCAAAAUCAGAAGGCGGAGGAAUUAUACACACAGAUCAUCGAUGGUUGCAAUGCGGAAGUGGUAACCGAUAACAUGAAGUCCAUUCUCGCAGAGGCAUUCAACAACCGAGGGCAAAUCAAGUAUCUACGUGUAGACUUUGAUGAAGCAAUUGCAGAUUACACUGCUGCUAUUGGUGUUGACAACAGCUUUGCGACUGCCUACUACAACAGGGGACAGAUCCAUUACAGGCUAGCAAGAUUUGAGGAAGGCAUCCGAGAUCUUCAAGAAGCCUUGAAGCAUCAACCAGAUUUCCCUGAUGCUGCGGUCGCUUUGCAAACGGCCCAAGAAGACCUCCAGAUAAGUAUAUCAAAAGCAGAUGCCGGUGUGUCCAUGGAAACGCCAUCAACAUAACAUUAAACACUCUGCAAGGAUUUUGCCUUUCACGGAAUUGUAAUAUUAUGUUAUUAAUAUAUUUAAAAGAACCAACAGAUUUAGCGGUGAAUUUCAUUAAAGUUUAAUUCAAGUUCACGUUUCAUGGCAUUGAUUAGGAGUUAUGCUGAGUACAAUAAAAAUGUGUUUGUAAAUUUACAUUUCAAAUUGAUGGAAUAUUUUAAGGGAAGCUCGUUAUCUGUAAUAAUAUAAAAACAACUUUAUUGGGUUUUUUUUUGUUAAAAGACAAUAAUUGUGAAGACAUUGUAAAUAAGGAAACGAUUUCACAAUCUUAUCGUGGAGACUUAGGGAAUUGAGGGUUUGAACCAAUUGUAAAACAUGCUGAAAAAAUGAACGAACAGGUUUCUUUUGAUCAAUAUAGCUGUAGAUUGUUUUUUUCGUUUCAUUGCGAACUGUUGUGAAUGACUUUCAACCCCAAAAAUAGAUUUGUUUUUCAAUUGCUUUUUUCGUAGCAAUAUAAAAAGUUAUUCACUUUUGAAUGAGACAUCGAACGUGUAGAAUCCGCCGACAUUUAGGUAUUGAAAUAUUUCUUACCAAAUUCAAAUUGUUUGCGGCCCGAUAAUAAUUCGGCUAUCGUGGGUUAGGUUCAUUUGUACGUUCAUUUGUCAGAAUGUUGCAGACGCUCAAAAUCGUAAAAAUAAAACCUUUUGUUAAAACAAAACAUACCUAUUGAAAGGUUGUUAGGAGAAAACAAAUUGAAGAAUAUGGGCUUCACUGACCGGUACAAUACUACGCAAGUACAGUUCUCAAAAUGCAAGAAGUUUAAGCACAAUUAAAUUAUUCAUGACACUUCCAAAAAAGGAUUGACACAAAUUCUGUCCAAUCAGAUCACUUGUUACAAAAGCUGUGUAUGCGAUAGGAGCUCAUCUACGUACGAUUGGACAACUGUCCCUAUACCUCGCACUAUAGGCUUUGGCUGUCGCUGGGCAGGCCAUGUUGCACAGGCUCCACCCCCUCCCCCUUCCCGAACCAGUCCUCACUCCAACAGAAACAUGUCUCUACCGUUCAAAAUGCACUGAAUAUGGGAAUUUGAAGAUGAUGUAACUACUUUACUGUCUUUCCUUGAGCUUCAUCUUGUCCAAUGAUGCUUGCAGUCUUGCUGUAAUUUUUCUUCUUUGUAAGUCUGCUUGCAAGUGUUGGUGGAAUGAAUAUCCUUUGGCCUGUUUACAGCAUUCGCAACCAUAAUGGCUGAGUUAGACAAUUACUGACUAGCAUAUUAAACACUAGCUGUGAAAACUGCUGUCAAAAGUAGCUUUGCUUCUUUUUGCACUACCCUGUAGUAGUCAACAAUUGGCAUGUAGGCCUACGUGUAGGUAUUCGCACAAGUAAGGUUUUUUUACUUUUGCAAAUAUGUGUAGUGAAAAAAGUGUUGUUUCAGUUGGAGGAAUGUAAAAGUGAUUUAAAAAUUGUAAUUAUAGUUUAAGAAGUACUGCAUAUAAGUACAGUGUAAUUAAAAACUAAUCAGUCAUAACUUUACCUUCAAUGUUGUUCCAGA